UGCAAAUUUAUUACGAACAAAGGAACAGUUUACAGUUUAUAGUUUGCAUAUCUUCGUAGUUGUUUACAUAAAAGAGCUUUUAUCAUCAAUUGUAUCACUACCACGACAUUUAUCACUCUUGAAUUGGAAUUAACUAUAAGUCGAAUGACAUCCAAAUUAGGUAUCAACUACAUGGCAUCGUUUUGCAUUCUCAACAAUUAUUUGUCAACAAUUCUAUUCAUCAGCCUAAACGCAAUUCUGACCGCAAGUACACAGCCUGAACUAAAAUUAGUUAAUGUGGUUUUUAGACAUGGCGAUCGAACACCAAAUAAGGGAUAUGAAUCGUUUCCAACUGAUUCAUACGUAAAUGAUUCAUUUUUUCCGAUAGGUCUUGGCGAAUUGACUAACCGUGGCAAAAAACGUGAAUACGAAUUAGGACGAGCUUUGCGCAGCAGAUAUAAAAACUUCCUGGGCGACCAGUAUCUACCAAAGCUCGUCGUGGGUCAUAGUUCCGAUUUUGAUAGAACAAAGAUGUCCGUGCAACUCGUUCUUGCUGCUUUAUUUCCGCCUACGGAUCGUCGACAACAAUGGAACGCUGAUUUAAAUUGGCAACCAAUUCCGGUGACAUAUGUAUCACGUAUCGACGACAAUUUUUACUUGAGUGAUGAAUGUCCAAAAUAUCUUGAUGAGUACAAUCGUAUAUUGAAUUUGCCCGAAAUAAAAAAAGAGAUAUCACGAUUUAAAGACAUAAUGAGAAAGUUGACGGAAUUAACCGGUAAAAAUAUUGAGAAACCUUUAGAUUUACAAUAUUUGUAUCAGACUUUUGUAGCGGAGUCGUCCAUGAAUCUAACCCUUCCCGAAUGGGUGCACGAUUACUUUCCUGAACCACUGUUCGAUACGACUGUAUUCGCAUAUAAUAUUGCCAGUUAUUCUUCUUUAAUAAGAAAGCUCUACGCUGGCCCGAUGAUUCGCGCCAUACUCAACAAUAUGAUAACUGAAAAAAAUCCAAUCCCAUCGAAUACAAAGCUUUAUUUGUAUAGUGGUCACGAAACUAACAUCGCAGCGAUAUUACACGCAUUUAAAUUGUAUAAACCUCAUGUACCUGAAUUCUCUAGUGCGGUUAUUUUAGAAUUAUUGGAGCAAAACAAGCAGUAUUACGUGAAAUUUUUAUAUUAUCGAGGCAUUCCGCCGAUCUUUGAUGAACUUCAGAUCCCAGGUUGUGAAAUGCUCUGUCCUUUCGACAAGUUCUCGUACCUAAUUCACGAUUUGAUUCCGUCUGACGAAGAUAUGAUUUGCGACAAGAGGCAGACUCCGGAUUACGCUAACACGGAAUAUCCUAUCACAUUGGAGAGCAAAACAUAUAAUUUAAUAAAGAAACAUAAAUUUAAUUAAGAAACGAAAUUGCA